AUGCCUAUGAAUGCGCCUAUGACGAACAACACGGAAUUUAUUUCCAUCAACAGGCCCAUUUUGACACCAAAGCAGGAGCAGGAGAAAUGGCUUGGUGAGACCGUGCAGGCAGUGACGGAGAAGGCGGCUCGUAUGAAGAAAUAUAUUCGUCAACGCGAAUUUAUUGAAGUCAUGCGCAGCGCGUCACAGAUGCUCUUAGAGCUUCGUAUCGGCAUGUUGGCACCGCAGUACUACUAUGAGCUCUAUGUAAAGGUCUUUGACGAGAUGCAGUACUUGGAGCAGUACAUAGAGGAGGAACACAACCGUGGCCGGUCUCUGGAGGAAAUGUAUGAAGUGGUGCAGCACGCCGGUAACAUUGUGCCACGUUUGUAUCUCCUCAUAACCGUUGGCUCGGUGUAUGUCAAGUCCGGGGAACAGCCAGCCAUUGAGAUUCUGCGGGAUUUGGUGGAGAUGUGCAAAGGGGUACAACACCCUACACGUGGUCUCUUCUUGCGUCACUUUCUCCUGACAAUGAUGAAGAACAAGUUGCCUGGCGACAGCAACCGUGUUAUUGCGAACAGUCUGGAGAGUGAUGGUGGGACCGUGGAGGACACAGCCGAGCUGAUUCUGCAGAACUUCAGGGAGAUGAAUUGGUUAUGGAUCCGUAUAGAGGCAAGGGCACCACCGAAGGCCGUGGAGGCUCAGAGUCAGGUGCAGCGCAAAAAAAAGGAUCGUAGGGAGUUGUGUGUGCUUGUAGGCAUGAACAUUGUACGGCUUUCUCAGUUAGAGGGGGUGGAACGACAGUUGUACAAGAGCAACAUUCUUCCGCGUCUAUUAAGCAUCAUCGUGAAGUAUCGUGAGCCCCUGGCGCAGCAGUACCUGUUGGAAGUUAUUGUCCAAGUCUUUCCCGACGAGUUUCAUCUCUUCACCCUCAAUGAGCUGCUCAGUAUUCUUGAGGAUGUCUCACCGGGCGUGGAUGUGUGCGCCAUUUUGGCCUCGCUCAUGGAGCGGCUUGGCAACUACGCGGUAUCGCUGCGGGAAGGCGUUGCGGAGGUAAGCGGCCGGAAGGAGGAAAAAUUGCUGCAGAAUAUGUUUGAAGUUUUUAAAACACGCCUUGACGCCAUGCUGACCGCAAGUCAUGUGAGGGAUAAAAGCAAUCAUACCCUUGUUAGUGGAACUAGUAGCAGUGGCGACGGUCCUCAGCGUCCGCAUUACCAACUUACACCCUCUUUGUAUGUCAACUCCAUGACGAGCCUUGUCAGUCUGACCCUAAAGGCAGACCCGGAGGCUGCUGUGGAGCACAUUAGUACCGUCUUUACCGCUAUGGCAGGGCAACUCGUCCUCCCGCUAAACCACGCAAUGGUGACGAUGAUUGAACGCAUGAUUGUGCACGUUAUUGAGACAUUGAAAGACCCAAGUGUUGUACUUGGCAUUCGUGACAUGGACGUUUUGACGCAAAAUUUGCCAUUUCUUUCACGUCGGGCGGUGGCACUCAGAUUGUGCACGAACAUUGUGCGCUCCGCAUCUCAUCGCAUUGGAACGCUUGAUUUGUGCGCGCGGCUCUUUGAGCUCCUUGCACCGCUUGUACGGGAUGAGCCGGACGCACCUUUGCACCACGGCGCUGUGUAUGUUGGCGAUGCCGCGGAGGAAUUCCUUGAAGAGCAGCACCUCGUGUCUCGCGUGCUGCAUCUACUGCAAUGCGAAGACGUCUCCAUGCAGAUGAAAAUGUUGAAUGGUGUACGGAAGCUGCUGGGGCAAGGCGGGCCGGAGCGCAUUGCCGUGACGUUACCGACAUUAGUCUCUCUUUACAUCCGUCUUGCGCUACGCGUUGCAAUCACGGCCAAAACAGAGGGAGCGGAUGUUGAUGCCAAGACAGAUGGGGAAAACAACAUUAAGGCGGUGAAAAGGGUGUCGUGCCACAAGCCCUUUCAGAUCAUUCACUCUGGUGACGGCAAGGGCAUUCUUGAGAUGCUUGCGGCAGAGAAGCCGACGGAGAGCUUUUACCUUUACCUUACCAGCGCCAACGCCGCAGACACAUGUGGCCUGCCCGAUGUGGCUUAUGAGCUCUACACCAGCGCCUUUCAGAUUUACGAGGAGAAUGCCGCCGAUACGCGGGAGCAGAUUGAAAUGGUGAGUUGCCUUAUCUCCUCCCUCUACAGCCUGCGCAACGUCCCAGAGGAGAGCUACGAGCUGCUCGCGACCAAAGUCUGUCAGUACAGUUCCAAGUUUGUGCGUAAGAUUGAUCAGAGUCGUGUGGUUUCUCUCUGUGCCAAUCUCUUCUGGAGAAGCGCCUUCUCCGAGGAGAGUCACCGCCGUGUUUUGGAGUGUCUGCAGCGCUCCCUGAAGAUUGCCGAUCACGUGCAGGAGACACAACGGCUCCCUCUCUUUGUUGAGCUGCUUAAUCAGGUGCUGCACUACUACGCCACAAAGGCGCCAGGGGUGACGGUGAAUUACAUCUCUGCCCUCAUCGACCUAGUGCAGGAGACGACGAACAGCACCCAUAGUAUGGUUACCGGCAGUAACAGUGACGACGGCCUCGAGGUGGAGGAACCCUGCGAUGGCAUGGAGGGGGAAAAUAAAAACAACGGCGAUUAUGUCAACUCGGAAAGGGAGGUGUACACUGCAGCACGUACUUUCUACCGCAACACGACGCACUACAUCCGAUCGCGGCAGCAGGUAGAUGAACGCUGGAAGGAAAUUGAUGUGUAA